GGUCAUCAAGUGGCGACUGGCUGUAUCUUCACAACCACAAUGCCACCACGGUAGCUUUAUCGUGGAUAUACUUCUAACAUCGCCAUACUGAUGUCUUCUGGACAUGUUAUCACAGAAGGCUAUGGUCGGCUCAACAUGCACUGCUUCAACCGCGCGUUUUGUAUCCCGAUACACCCGACGGACUGAGCUUUUCCGAGUGAGAGUAUACGACCGGGUGCGAUAUGUGUCCACGGCUGCAGCUGCAUCGAAGGCAGAUGGAACUACUAACUCAUGCUCGUCGCCUCCCUCUGUAGGAGAGCCGCGCCGAGUUAUGAGCAGGAAGGAAGCCAUCAGGAAUGCCAAACCGUUCUCGGACUUCUUGACCGACAACUUCAAUAGGCAACAUGAUUACCUUCGCAUCAGUAUAACGGAACGAUGUAAUCUGCGAUGCUUGUACUGCAUGCCAGAAGAGGGAGUCCAACUAUCACCGCCUGAGCACUUGCUUACUACUCCUGAAAUCUUCUAUCUCUCCUCACUAUUUGUUUCUCAAGGCGUUACAAAGAUUCGUCUGACGGGCGGUGAACCCACCGUACGCCCAGAUGUUGUGCAACUGAUGCAGCAGAUUGGCUCUCUACGCUCUAAGGGCCUGAAAGAGCUGGCGUUGACGACCAAUGGCAUAUCCCUGCAUCGUAAGUUGGAUGCUAUGGUUGAAGCAGGUCUUACAGGGAUAAAUCUCAGUCUCGACACGCUUGAUCCGUUUCAAUUCCAGAUAAUGACGCGCCGGAAAGGGUUUGAAGCCGUUAUGCGCAGCAUUGACCGCGUACUUGAGAUGAAGAAGUUGGGCGCGAAUUUAAAACUCAAGGUCAAUUGUGUCGUAAUGCGAGGAAUGAAUGAUCGUGAGAUUGUUCCCUUCGUGGAACUUGGACGAGAGAAGGACAUUGAAGUGCGCUUCAUCGAAUAUAUGCCCUUUGGCGGAAACAAGUGGUCUAAGGGAAAGAUGCUGUCGUAUCAAGAGAUGCUAGACAUCAUCAGAACAAAGCACCCAGGUAUACAUCGCGUCCAGGGCCACAGGAACGACACGAGCAAGACAUAUCAGAUUCCCGGCUUUGUAGGAAAAGUGGGAUUCAUCACUAGCAUGACUGACGAUUUUUGCGGGACAUGUAAUCGACUCAGGGUCACAAGCGAUGGCAACCUGAAGGUGUGCCUUCACGGAAACACCGAGGUCUCCUUGCGUGACAUUCUACGCGAGGGCAAUCACGGCAAGCCCAUCGAUAAGGAUGAUUUCGAACGAUUGAGAGAGCUCGAGAUGGCACGACAACAGACCAACCUGCUUUCGGAUGCCACACCACUUGGUUGGGGACCUCGCGAACACAAGUUGCUUGACAUAAUAGGCAGAGCCGUAAAGCGGAAGAAAGAGAAACACGCUGGCAUGGGCGAGCUUGAAAACAUGGAGAACCGCCCCAUGAUCUUGAUUGAUGAGCCCGGUGGCAUGCGACUUACUUCUCGCCUGCCUGCAAGCUCCACGUACCGUACAUCUAUACCAGCAUUCAUGUCUUGGCAAUUCAAGCGUAUAGAAGCUGCAGGCCAUAUCAUGUCGCCCCCACCGUUUCAGGCUCCUGUUAUAUGCUCGUUCCAGCAACGUGCAUAUUCAGUAAUUUCAAUGAAAGCCCGAAAACAGACUCAAGCUCCAUCUGCUAAAGCUUCCGUCAGGCUGCUCUACUCAACGUCUAAGACAAAAGGUGGCGAUCAAAAGUUAAUUUCCGACAAACCCCAUAUUAGGGUUGAAUCUUCGAACUUUGUCGUUGCAUCAGAACUCAAUGUUGCAACCACCAGCAAUGAAUUCAGCCCCAAGGACCAUGUACAAGGAACCGCUUCAGGCGAUGUCUCGGCAAAAAUCCCCGGCUACUUGCGAAAGUCACGUCUGGAUGCUUUACUCCGUCGUGAAGGCCUUAAACCCCGACGUGGUGUGGACUCGCAAGAAGGUGUCCGUCGCCUUUUAGCCCGUAGAGAAAAUCGACAGAGGACAUCGCAAAAGCGAGAACAGGGUCGGAUACAUUUAGCGGAGCGAAAAUUGGAGGAGAAACGAUCGUCCAUUGAAUUCGAGCCCGAGAAGAAUGGAAAGCCGGAUGAGGAGAAUGUAAAGGCGCAAGACAAGAAGCUUAAUGAGCGAGGAGAGAAACACGACGAACAAGAUCGGCCAAUACAAUGGGCUCCAUUUGCUGCUGACGACCUAAGAAACUUUGUUUCCGCAAGACGGGAACCAAGAUUGAUGACUAGACAAGACAAGCAAGACAGUACGACAAAGAGCUUCGAUCGCCAAACGAGCCCUACUCACACUACCACAAAAACCCGUCCUGACCGUGCACUGCCUAAAACCCCAAUCGAGAUCUCGCGAUAUGCCCUAGAAAAGGCGUUGCAGAGUAAGACACGCUCAAGAUCGGCACCGUCCAGCAGCAAGCCAAGUCACAGUUCAUGGUUGACCUCUUCAACCAGACAAGAGAAAUCUUCAACGGGGAAAACAUCAUCAAAGUGGCAAUCGGCGUAUGUUGCAUCGUCUGAAGAGCUUCGAAAUACUCACCGUGUUUCAUCAGCUCAUGUUUCUCCUUUGGAUUCAGGCGGCAGGAGAAAGUACUCCACUAAGGCUCAGUCUGUCCGACUGGGUGACAUUAAUCAAGAUCCGCAACGGGAAUCGAGGGGAUUACUUCGAAGACUUGACGAACUGCCCACAGAUGCUGAACGUUUUACUGAACAAAAGAAAUUGGAGUUGCAAAAUGAGCAGACGAAGACUCAUAUUGAGAAGCUAGACGGAGCUCCAGAUGGGAACAUGAUGGAAGAGUGGUUCAGGCCGCAGCACUCGGGCGAAGGCUCGAGCCAUGAGUUUCCGCAAAGUGUUGAUAAAGUAGCUCGGACAAAGGAGACCAAGGAGUUAGUCGGGGAGAGCAAACGAGUAUUAAACGAGCCGCGGCAAGGUUUCGACAUUGACACACUAUAUCAGGACUUCAUUUUUCCAUUUCAACAAAUGAAAACGCACCGUUUCUGGCGGCUUCGCUCGCGGAGAAACCUCGGGAUGAACCCGAAGACAUACACUCUCCAGCAUUUGCAGCUCUUGGAGAAUCACUUUGGACCCGCAUUUCAGGUCUGGAAGUCAAUUAUUCCUCGGUGGCGUCAGGAAGUUUGGCAGAUUGCUAUAGGCCUGGAGGAAGAGGAGGUUGCCAAGAUUGGACGGGUGACCAUCCUCAAAGAGACUCUGAGAAGAGUCGUCGAGUAUUCUUUGCAGAGAAGACAUGCAGGGAAGCCCCGAAUGAGAAAAGAUCCUCUUUGGGAUCGGGUUGUCCUUGGCCCAAAUGUUAGAAAAGAUGACUUGACAGAGCUUGGCUUAGAUGAUGAGGAAACAUUUGUGUGGUGGCAUGUCAGGAAGAAGUUCCGAGUGCACAUUGAACGCGAGGAGCCCAUGAAUAGUACAAGGAGUCGAUUAAGGAAGUUUCUCGUCGAUACUGAGCGUCAACAACACAAAGCCGCUAAAGGGGUGCAUGAGUGUUUAUCGCGUGGCGAGCAUCUUUUGAACGAAUGGAACGACAUAGCUAGGCGCUUGCAGCGCGAGCUGUGGAUGUUUGCGAUGGGUGUUCGACCCGAGAAUGAGACGCUCCGAGCCAUUGUCAAGUCUGAGAUUGACAUAGACAUGGACGACGUUAGACUUGCAAUGCAGCACUGGAUCAAUGCGAGGGAUUCAGCAUCGCCACGUCCGAUAGCUUCCGGUCGCCGGCACUUGCUGCAUAUGAAAGCAAUGCUGCGUGGUGAGACUGCUCCGCAAACUAAAAUGGACGUGAAGAAAGCAAGCAUCUUACGCCAGCCUAGUCCUGGGGUCAUGGGCAAAUCCGCAGCAGCUCCAGGCACAGGCAUGACGUUGAAGGAAAAUUCUGCCGAACUCCAAUGGCGCAGAGAAGUGCAAAAAAUUAUGGCCAUCGAGAAAACUGUCAACCGGCUAUCCUACCUAGCUCUCGAAUGGAGGAGACAACUCUAUGCUAUUCUCACCGGAAUCACCUUGGAUGAACAGAGCACAACUUGGUACAUUCCCUCAGCGUUUAUCAAAGCUGCAGUGCAGACAUAUAAUUACCGUCGAAGGCGGAGCGAGAAUGAGUCUCCUACUCAGCCGUGUCUAGGAACAGCUCCUAGUACUGAGGGAGAUGCUUUAGACGCUUUAGGAGCUUUACGAAGCAGUUUUCAUCGUUUUCGAGACGAAAUUAGACGGCAAAGCCGAGGGGACAGCAGAAAUUGGACACAUGUGAGACGCUUUCAUCAAAGAACUCAUCAAUUCCACAGUCAUUCCCAUCUGCACAUCAGCGUAAAACUACUAUACCCUCACUCUAUGGAAGCAAAGGAUGGUUUGACCAAAUGCAACAAGCUGGACUUGGCCGAAGAGAACGCUAUGUCAAUUCCUAAUUUGUUUCAGAGGAGAUUCGAAACACUGAAGCAACUGAAAAAGCUGAUGUUCGGUCAGUCUAGCAAAACUCGAGCGUUCCAGUCGCUCGAAUCAAGGGAAGAGCAUCAGAGCGAUAUUUUUCUGUCACAGGACGUGCAUACAGAGAAUGAGUGGGGAGAGGCCUCUUUGAAAUUGUCUCGCGAAAUCCAAAAGAGUGGACGAGUUGGACUAUCAACGUUCGUACCGACGCCCAAACUCUUAGCGCCACUACGGAGAGCGACGGACGCAGAAUUGCCAUCGACGUUGGAUGACGAAUCUGGUGGUCAGACAUUGACUCACUUGAGCUCAACUGGCGAAGCUCAUAUGGUUUCUGUUUCCAACAAGCCUGACACGAAACGAACGGCGGUUGCAGUUGGACAAGUCCACUUCUCCAACUCGGAAACGUAUAGUCUCGUCACUACUGCCACCCUAAAAAAAGGCGACGUGCUCAGCAUUUCGCGCAUUGCUGGCAUUCAGGCCGCGAAAAUGUGUCCGAAUAUCGUGCCUCUGUGUCAUCCCAUCAUGAUAAGCAGCGUCAAGGUCGACAUUGCACCUUUCAAAGAUCAAGACUCGAGUGGUAUUAACAUAGAGAGCAAGGUGGAAUGCACAGGACCCACUGGUGUUGAAAUGGAAGCACUUACAGCCGUAAUGGGUGCUGCAUUAACAGUCAUUGACAUGGUCAAAGCCGUAGACAAGGCAGCAAGCAUAGAGAAUGUAAAAGUAGUGUACAAGAGCGGAGGCAAAAGCGGAACCUGGGUUGAUGAUGAAUGGUCAAGUUCAAAGCGGAACGGUUAGGGAGGCGACAUGAUAAUUGUGGGUGAGCAUCAGAUGUUUUACUGAAUGGACUUGAUCAUAGCAUUUCUAGGGCGUCAAGUGUGUAUUUACAAGGUGAAGAGGCAGCAAAUAUACCCACUCACGAUAUUCCUCCAAAACUAUGCAUCG